AUGGCUCGAGGUCCUGAUGAGUGGUUGGAAAUCACAAAAAAAUGCCAGUAUCUGCCGGAGAAUGAGAUGAAGCAGCUGUGUGAGAUGGUCAAGGAGCUGCUGAUGGAAGAGUCGAACGUGCAGCCUGUCAGCACACCGGUAACUUGGUAUGUCUCGCUAUCUCCAACCCCCUGUCUCUCUUUCCGAAUAACGACAACCCGAAGUACUAAUCAUGCCGGCGCAGAUAUCCACGGACAGUUUCACGACCUUCUCGAACUGUUUAGAGUAGGCGGUGGAAUGCCCGACAAUGUCAAUUACGUUUUCCUGGGCGACUUUGUUGAUAGAGGAUAUUUCAGCUUGGAGACAUUCACAUUAUUGAUGUGCUUGAAGGCAAAAUACCCACAGCGAUUGACGCUGGUCAGAGGCAACCACGAGUCCCGACAGAUCACCCAAGUCUACGGCUUCUACGAAGAAUGCCACAACAAGUACGGCGGCGCCAGCGUCUGGCAGUACUGCUGCCAAGUCUUUGACUUUCUCGCACUCGCGGCCGUGAUUGACGGCCGCGUGCUCUGCGUGCACGGCGGCUUGUCGCCCGAGAUCAGGACGCUCGACCAGAUCCGCGUCGUGGCGCGCGCGCAGGAGAUUCCCCAGGAAGGCGCGUUUUGCGAUCUCGUGUGGUCGGAUCCUGAUGAUGUUGAUACGUGGGGAGUAUCGCCGCGUGGAGCUGGAUGGAUCUUUGGCGCGAAGGUGGCAGCUGAGUUCAACCACGUCAACGGUCUACAACUCGUCGCGCGCGCUCACCAGCUCGUGCAGGAAGGCUUCAAAUACCAUUUCGAACAAAAGAGCGUCGUCACAGUCUGGUCCGCGCCAAACUACUGCUACCGCUGCGGCAACGUCGCGAGUAUCAUGCGCCUCACCGACGACGAUCUCAAGCCCGAGUUUGUCAUCUUCAACGCCGUCAACGACGAUACACGGCUCAUGCCGCAGCGGAAUCAGCGGUCAGAGUAUUUCCUGUAG